AUUGAAUUUCGGGAUUGAAUCCACCAGAUGGAGCUCCAUCCAUGAACACAGUGUGGGAACUGAUGCCAGUGCGUAACCAGGAUUGGUUCGAGACCUGACUAUCAUGAUGGAUACCCAGGAAUAGCCUAUUAGAGAUUUCUACAUUGCAUGCAGAGUUGCGCCGACCAGACGGCAGAGACUUUCUCCGUUGAAGAAUCAGCGAGAUGAAGAGCAGCGCCAACCCGGCACCAUGCGCUCCAGGCUCCCACGGACCGCCUGCCUAUUGCGACUCAUUGCACUCUGCAUCCUUCUCUCGCACUCUGCAGCUUACUUUGGGCUGACAGGUCGAGAACCCUUGGUGUUUUUACCUGGUCCGUUUCCCAAUGAACCUCCGACAGGCAAAGCCCACCUGAAGCAGUGCGAGCAGAUGAGUCUGACCAGGCGGCAGAAGAGACUUUGUCGCAGGGAACCCGGUUUGGCCGAAACGCUGCGGGAGUCGGUGCGCCUCAGCCUCCUGGAGUGUCGGUAUCAGUUCAGGAAUGAACGCUGGAACUGCAGUUUGGACGGCCGUGGAAGCCUUCUGAAAAGAGCAUUCAAGGAGACUGCCUUCCUGCUGGCGGUGUCCUCUGCGGCGCUGACCCAUGCACUUGCCAAAGCGUGUAGCUCAGGCCGAAUGGAAAGGUGCACAUGCGACGACUCCCCCGGAAUCCAGCAUCGAGAAGCUUGGCAGUGGGGGGUCUGCGGAGACAACUUGAAAUAUAGCACCAAGUUUCUCAAGAAGUUCCUCGGACAAAAGAGGGCCAGCAAGGACCUGAGGGCUCAAGUUGAUGCCCACAACAUCAACGUUGGAAUUCGGGCAGUGAAGAGCGGGCUGAAAACAACCUGCAAAUGUCACGGUGUCUCCGGCUCUUGUGCCGUACGGACUUGCUGGAAGCAGUUGUCUCCUUUCCACGACACUGGACGGCUGCUGAAAUAUCGAUACGACACCGCAGUGCGAGUGCUGAGCGUCACCAACGCGGCCACAGGGGAGACGGAGCUCGCAGGCCCCCGUCGUCACGGCCAGAGCCUCCGUACUACUGACCUGGUCUACCUGGAAGAGUCCCCCAGCUUCUGCAGACCCUCCCGCUACUCCCCGGGUACAGGCGGCCGGUCGUGUGCCAAAGACACCAGUUGUCAGAGUCUGUGCUGCGGACGUGGUUAUAACACGGCCAUGCGCCUCACCAGCCUGUCCUGCCACUGCCAGGUACGCUGGUGCUGCCACGUGGAGUGUCAGACAUGUGUGAGGGAGGAGGAGGUGUACACCUGCAAAAACGCAUAACAAACAAUGAGAUAGAAGAAAUAUAGGCAGUACAUAAAGACUUGACAUGGCUGGACUAUAAGCUCCUACCACUGAGGGAUGCCACCUCAGAGCAUGUUAUUGCAGAUAUCCACUCUGACCCACAUGCUAUUUGGGGAGGAAUAUAAACUUGUAACAUUAUAUUAUCGCCGGUUAUUUGCUAAUCAUCACCGAUCUGAUAUGCAGCAGCUUACUGUAGGUGAGGAUGUUUUCAAACUACUCUGCUUUUCUCUUGCUGGAUGCACUGAAAUGCCACUCUUCUGGGACGGGAAGGGAAACAAGCUCUUAAAAACAGGUACUGGACUGGACUGGAUGUCACAGCAGUAUGACGUCAAACCUCCCCCAUCUGCAGGGGAGCUCUGACAGUGACUUUGUUGUAUUGUAAUUUCAUUGGUCCCUUCCCAUUGACUAUUUAUUGUAUAAGUCAUUGUGUCUGUUGUACUGCUGCUUUAAACUUUAUCCUUCUUGUAAAUGAGUGUUGAGGCUAAAAAAAAAA